AUGGCUAUGGACCCAGGUGGUCAUAAGACGGAUGAAGUACGAUCGAAAGUCUGCGAAAAAGACUUAGAAGAGAACAUCUCGAAGGGAAAGAACAGCGAGCAAUUAUUCGAAGACGAAGGUAAUAUUGAUAAGUCCAUUGUAAUCAAUACAGAAGACGAUACGGGGAGUACUCGAAGCGUAGAUGCAGAAGAACAACAGGCACGAAUAUGCACAAGAAAGGGCGUACAAGUAAACUUAGAAAAUGCACGAAAAAAGACGAAAAAGUCAGGUAUGGCUGUAGGAUCUCGUAUAAAUCGUAUAGAUGAAUUACUUAGAGAACAGUGUUGUGAUAUUGUGAAGCUCACUGCUAGUAAAGAUGGUCUACAAAUGGAUAUGGAUGACUUUAAGCGAUUUAAUGAAGAGUUAUCGGAUUUGUUAUUAUUGUCUUUGAGUGAUUAUAAUUCUAACAUUGAGGAUCAAGUGUAUUUUGAGGGUAUUCGUGAGAAGUACUUAGAGUGCUGUGCUGAUGUUAAAACUAGAAUAGGUGAUUUAACACAAGAGAGAUUGGAGAUGAUUUCGCAGAAAACUUCGAACAGUGUUAAAAGUCGAAUGUCGAGAUUAUCAAGGGCUUCAUCUGUGUCGUCUAAACAAGCCGCUGCGAAUGCUGCAGCAUUAAAGGAGAAAAUGCUCA